GGAAGAAGACAAUCAGGAAAGUUUCAUCUAACGACACAUUUAUGUACAUUUUGAAAAACAUGAAAGCGUAUACGCUUGAUUUUCAAAUUAACUAGACAUUUUGACGUGAAAGGGUGCAUGACCAUUUGGGUAUCAGCUCUCAAGAAAUCAAAAUGCUGAAAUUCAAACAUGUGAGUCAAGGAACCAUGAGAACACAGUCCCCCUCUGUGGAUCCCAUCACCAGUCGAAGCUCCCGCCUGAAUCAUCUGCUGCAGGGCAAAACCAGCUUACAGCGGCAGCAUGGAGGAAGUGUUGGACGGGAGGAGCUGUUGGACGCUCUGGUUCUACUGUUCCAGGAGUGCACGUCCUCGGAACUAAUGAAGAUAGAACAUGUCGCCAACUUUGUCAAAAAGUUCUCAGAGGUUGUGUCAGAGUUACAGGAGUUGCAACCCAGACUGCAAGAUUUUCACGUUUGUGGGCUGGUGGGUCGUGGACGCUAUGGUGAAGUGAAGGUUGUCCGGGAAAAUUCCACAGGGGAGGUGUGUGCCCUGAAAGUCAUGGACAAGGAUUCUCUGAGGACCCAGGGAAAUGUUGUGUUCUUUGAGGAGGAGCGGAGGAUCCUGGCGCUGAACAGCAGUCCAUGGAUCCCACAGCUCUUCUAUGCCUUUCAGGAUCAGGACAGUGUUUAUCUGGCGAUGGAGUACCUUCCAGGUGGAGACCUCAUGGCCCUGAUGAACCGGUUUGAUUACCAUUUUGAUGAAGCCAUGAGCCAGUUCUACUUAGCAGAACUGGUGGAAGCCAUUCAUGCUGUGCAUCAGAUGGGUUAUGCCCAUAGAGACAUUAAACCAGAGAAUGUACUCAUUGACCGCACUGGACACAUCAAGUUGGCAGAUUUUGGUUCGGCAGCCAAACUCACAACUGAUAAAAAGGUUGUAGCUCCUGCAGUGCCUGUUCAAACCCCAGACUUCCUUUCCCCUGAGAUUCUGGCAGCCAUGAAUGGGGGGUCUCAAGAUGGAUACGGAUCUGAGUGUGACUGGUGGUCGUUGGGUGUCAUUGCUUAUGAGAUGAUCUACAUGAAAUUACCUUUUACUGAUAGCACCUCCUGCAAGACCAUGCACAACAUUAGGAACUUCCAGUCUUCCCUGAAGUUUUCAGAGGAACCAAAAUCUUCUAAACAGUUUGUAAAUCUAGUGCAAAGUUUACUAUGUGCGACACGAGAGCGGCUGGGAUUCGAGGGACUUCGGUGUCACCCUUUCUUCUCUAGUGUGGACUGGAACAAUUUAAGACAAGUUCUCCCUCCUUUCGUCCCCACGCUCCGCGCAGAGGAUGACACCUCCAAUUUUGAGGAGCCGGAGAAACCCGCGCCCCGGCCAGCAAAAGCCCAACAAGGAUCCCUGCCGUUGGGCUUCCAGGGCCAGGACCUGCCCUUUCUAGGCUGGUUCUUCAGCAGGACUUUAACAGCGCUGGCCAAGUCUGAGUUAGCUGCUGCUGGCUUCAACUCCCCGGCCAAGACGAACUCCAUGGAAAAAAAGCUUCACAUCAAAAGCAAAGAACUACAGGAAACUCAAGACAAAUGUCACAAGAUGGAGCAGGAGAUCUCCAGGUUUCAGCGUAAGAUGACAGACCUGGAGUCGGUGCUCCAGCAGAAGGAUGUGGAGCUGAAGGCCUCUGAGACCCAGAGGAGCAUCCUGGAGCAGGACCUCGCCACCUACAUCACAGAGUGCAGUAGCUUGAAGCGGAGUUUGGAGCAAGCGCGUGUUGAGGUUUCUCAGGAAGAUGACAAAGCAUUGCAGCUUCUGCAUGAUAUCCGGGAGCAAAGCAGCAAGCUCCAGGAGAUCAAGGAGCAGGAGUACCAUGCCCAGUUGGAGGAGAUGCAGGUGACAAUCAGGCAGCUUGAAGAGGACCUCUCUGCUGCGCGUCGGAGAAGUGAUCUCUACGAGUCUGAACUCCGAGAUUCGAGGCAGACCGCCGAGGAGCUGAAACGCAAGGCAGCGGACUACCAACAGAGAAUCCAGAAGGCUAAGGAACAGGGGAAGAUUGAGGUGGAGGAACUGCUUGCCAAGCUUGAGAAGACCAAUGCUGAGCAGCAGGCCAAGAUCCAGGAGCUACAGGAUAAACUAUCAAAGGCAGUGAAAGCCAGCACUGAAGCCACUGAGCUGCUGCAGAAUAUCCGUCAGGCUAAAGAGCGUCUGGAGCGAGAGCUGGAGCGACUACGCUGCAAGACCGACCCCAGUGACACACUCCGGAGACACCUGAGGGAGACGGAGGAGGGCAGGAAGACCCUGGAGAACCAGGUGAAGAGACUGGAGAUGGUGGAACGACGGGAGAACAAGCUUAAGGACGACAUACAGACCAAAUCCCAGCAGAUUCAGCAGAUGGCUGACAAGAUCCUGGAGCUUGAGGAGAACUUGAGGGAGACCCAAGCCACAGCACAGAGGAUGGAGACCCACCUGGUACAGAAAGAAAGACUUUACGAGGACAAGAUUAAGGUGCUUGAAGCCCAGAUGAAGGAGGACAUGGCCGACAAGGAGAGCCUGGAGUCCAAACGGGCCCAGCACCAGGAGGAGGCUCGGGAGAAAUGCAAACUCAUCAGUGAACAGAAAGCAACCAUCAACGCCAUGGACUCCAAGAUGAAGAACCUGGAGCAGCGCAUCUCAGAGCUUUCAGAAGCCAACAAGCUCGCUGCCAACAGCAGCAUCUACACCCAGCAGAACAUGAAGGCCCAGGAGGAGAUGAUCUCGGAGCUGAGGCAGCAGAAGUUCUACCUGGAGUCGCAAGCGGGGAAGCUGGAGGCCCAGAACGCCAAGCUGGAGGAGCACCUUGAGAAGAUGAGCGUGCAGGAGCAGAGCAAGAGGAGCCGCCUGCAGGAGCUGGAGACCAGGCUGAGAGAGAUGGGCCUGGAGCACGAAGAGCAGAAGCUGGAGAUCAAGCGGCAGGUGUCGGAGCUGACCCUGUCGCUGCAGGAGCGCGAGUCCCAGAUCAGCGGGCUGCAGGCGGCGCGCCACGCCCUGGAGAGCCAGCUGCAGCAGGCCAAGACGGAGCUGGAGGACACCACGGCCGAGGCUGAGGAGGAGAUCACCGCCCUCAGGACUCACAGAGAUGAAAUUCAGCACAAGUUCGACGCAUUGAGAGACAGCUGCUCGGUGAUCACAGACCUGGAGGAGCAGCUGACCCAGCUGAGCCAGGAGAACGCUGAGCUGAACCGGCAGAACUUCUACCUGUCCAAGCAGCUGGACGAGGCCUCAGACGAGAGCGAUGACCGCCUGCAGCUCAGCCAGGACCUGGACCGCCUGCGGAGAGAGGUGGCCGACCGCGAGAUGCACCUCAACAACCAGAAACAGAACAUGGAGACCCUGAAGACCACGUGCUCCAUGCUGGAGGAGCAGGUGGUGGAGCUGGAGUCCCUGAACGACGAGCUGCUGGAGAAGGAGCGCCAGUGGGAGGCCUGGAGGGGAGCGCUGGAGGACGAGAAGAGCCAGGCCGAGAGGAGGACCAGGGACGUGCAGAGGCUGCUGGACAACGAGAAGCAGAACAGGCUGCGUGCGGAUCAGCGCAGUUCCGAAUCCCGCCAAGCGGUGGAGCUAGCGGUCAGGGAGCACAAGGCUGAGAUUGUGGCCCUACAGCAGGCCCUGAAGGAACAGAGGCUCAAGGCUGAGAGUCUCUCUGACACACUGAAUGACCUGGAGAAGAAGCACGCCAUGCUGGAGAUGAACGCUCGCAGCCUGCAACAGAAGCUGGAGAUGGAGAGAGAGCUGAAACAGAGGCUGAUGGACGAGCAAGGCAAGCUACAGCAGCAGAUGGACCUGCAGAAAACACACAUCUUCAGGCUGACCCAGGGGCUGCAGGACGCCCUGGACCAGACCGACCUGCUCAAGACCGAGAGGACCGAUCUGGAGUACCAGCUGGAGAACAUCCAGGCUGUGUAUUCUCACGAGAAGGUUAAGAUGGAGGGCACCAUCUCCCAGCAGACCAAACUCAUCGACUUCCUCCAGGCGAAAAUGGACCAGCCAGCCAAGAAAAAGAAGGGUAUAUUCGGCCGGCGGCGCGAGGAUGUGGGCACCAAUGUGAGCGCGGUGGGAGGCCCCUCGGGGCCGCUGGCGGCGCCGCUGCAGUACAGCGACAUGAAGCUGGCCCUGGAGAAGGAGCGCUCGCGCUGUGCUGAGCUGGAAGACGCCCUGCAGAAGAUGAGGAUGGAGCUGCGCUCCCUCAGGGACGAGACGGCCCACUUCAAGGCGCAGGAGCACGCGCUCCCCUCCACCCCCGCCGCUGCCCGCCAGCAGAUCCUCAUGUCUGCCAUCGUCAAGUCCCCCGAGCACCAGCCCAACCCCAGCAGCCUCCUGGCCCCCUCCGGUUCCGCCCGCUGCAAAGACACCUCCACACCAGAAGAGAAAAGGAGGGUCACUUUUGAAAAGUUUGGUCGUCGUGUGAAGGAGAGGAUGCACCACAACAUUCCUCACCGCUUCACUGUGGGGCUCAACAUGAGGGCGGCCAAGUGCUCCGUCUGCCUGGACACGGUGCACUUCGGACGGCAGGCGGCCACCUGCCUAGAGUGCCACACCCUGUGCCACCCCAAGUGUUCUCCCUGCCUCCCGGCCACCUGCGGCCUGCCUGCCGAGUAUGCCGCCCACUUCUCCGAGGUCCUGUGCCGGGACAAGGCCAGCUCCCCCGCCCUGCAGCCCCGAGAGGCCAGCGGACACGUACGCUUGGAGGGCUGGAUGAAGCAGCCCAGGAAUGCGAAGCGCGGCCAGCAGGGCUGGGAGCAGAAGUAUGUGGUGUUAGAUGGGACCAAGGUGUCCAUCUACGAGACGGAGCCUAGAGAAGACUCUAUGAAGCCAGACGAUGAGUUUGAGUUGUGUCUUCCGGAUGGCGACGUGACUGUCCAUGGUGCCGUCGGAGCCUCUGAACUGAUCAACACAGCCAAGUCAGAUAUCCCAUACAUCCUGAAGCUGGAGUCUCACCCAUACACCACCUGCUGGCCGGGCCAGUCUCUCUUCUUCAUGGCCCCCAGUUUCCCAGACAAGCAGCGCUGGGUGGCCGUCCUGGAGUCAGUGGUGGCUGGCAGCCGUGGCUCCAAGGAGAAGGUUGAUGCUGAUGCGGGAGGUGUUCCUAAAAGACAGAAGAAUCUUUCUCCUCUGGUCCAGAAACUGCUGGGCAACUCUCUGUUGAAGCUGGAGGGAGACGAUCGUCUGGACAUCAACUGUACUCUCCCCCUCACCGACCAGAUAGUGCUGGUGGGCUCAGAGGAGGGCCUGUACGCGCUGAACGUCAUUAAGAACUCUCUGACUCACAUCCCGGGGCUGGCGUCCGUCUUCCAGAUCCAGAUCCUGAACGAGCACGAAAAGCUGCUGAUGAUCACUGGAGAGGAGCGGGCGCUGUGUCUGGUGGAGAUCAAGAAGGUGAAGCAGUCGCUGUCCCAGUCGCAUCUCCCCGCCCAGCCUGAACUCAGCCCCUACAUCUUUGAGACGGUCAAGGGAUGCCACCUGUUCUCCUCUGGGAAGAUUGACAAUGGGACGUGUAUCUGUGCUGCGAUGCCCAACAAGAUCACCAUCCUACGCUAUAAUGACAGCCUCAAUAAAUUUUGCAUCAGAAAGGAGAUUGAGACGUCAGAGCCUUGCAGCUGUAUCCACUUCACAGGUUACAGCAUUAUCAUUGGCACCAACAAGUUUUACGAGAUUGAGAUGAAACAGUAUGUACUGGAAGAGUUCCUGGACAAGAACGACGUGACUCUGGCCUCGGCUGUGUUCGCUGCGUCCUCCCACAGCUUCCCCAUCUCCAUCAUCCAGGUCACCAGAGCCCCGCAGAAGGAGGAGUUCCUGCUCUGCUUCCAUGAAUUUGGCGUGUUUGUUGACUCAUAUGGCCGAAGAAGUCGGAGUGAAGACAUCAAAUGGAGUCGUCUGCCUCUGUCAUUUGCCUACAGAGAGCCCUACUUAUUUGUAACCUAUUUUAACUCUUUGGAUGUGAUCGAGAUCCAGGGCCAUGCUGCUCUAGGGCCCCACUCGUACGCCCACCUGGACAUCCCCAGCCCGCGCUACCUGGGCCCAGCCAUCUCCUCCGGGGCCGUGUACCUGGCCUCCUCCUACCAGAACAAGUUGAGGGUCAUCUGCUGCAAGGGCAACCUGGCCCAGAGCCAGGACACCGGAGACCUGCAGAGGACCGGCUCUGGACGCAGCCCUAACAAGCGCGGCCCCCCCUCCUACAAUGAGCACAUCUCCAAGCGUCUGGCGGCCAGUCCCGUGGUGCCGGACAGCCUGCUGGACCCCGGAACGCCCCACCGCUACCGGGAGGCCCGCACCGAGUUCCGGAGGGACAGGUCCCCUGGCCGCCUGGACAGGGACAAGUCCCCCGGCAGGAUGCUGGCCGGCUGGCUGGUGGGCUCCCCCGCCAGGAACAUGGACCCCCGGCUGGAGAGAUCUCCCGGGAGGGCCAUGGACCCCCGGCUGGACUGCUCCCCUGGCCGGCUGGGGGACGUGAGGAGGGAGAGGUCCCCUGGCCGGGGGGUGGAAGAACGGCAGAGACUCCACACCAACUCUGGGCGCACACCCAUCAAUCCUGUUAACAAGGUAUGGGACCAAUCAUCUGUUUGAGUGGAAUUCAGUCAGAGUGACACUCUGGGGGAAGGGAACGGUCAGAAUGCCAUGAUGCUAAUAACCCAACAGCAGAGAUCACCUUGAUAGCUGUGACUUGCAUCUGUAAACUGACUUCCUAAAAACUCACUGUUUAUUUUGAAUGUCAGGUCCAAAUCUUUUUAGUAGCAGAAACGUUGAGUUCGAAAGUCCAGCAACUGCAGCACCAGUUAUAUUUUUUACAAAGGCUGAUAAAAAAAAAUAUAUGUCUGGAAAUGUAUCCCUUUCCUGAAUGAGCUGAAGCUAUUGAGAAGAGCACACAAUUCCUCACUGUCACAACCAUUGUAUCAUCUCACUCUGCACAGUAGCUAGAGCAGGGUCUGGCCUGUUCAGUUGUAUCACACUGUUCUAGCCCUGCAGAGACACACUUCACACAUCAGCAGGAACUAAUCAUAAUCAUUAACAGUUAAUCAUAGUCUUCCAUUUAGACAGUUAGUUUGUCAAACCCUUGAUGGGAAGAAAGUCUGCACACUUUGUAUCCCUCUACAAGUUGCCCAACAGUGAGAAGGUUGACAUUAUUAAACGUAUCUUAUUUUUACGUAUCCUAUUUUUUUUCUGAAUGGAAAUGGAACUUUAUAAUUCAUCAGAAUGCCAUCUUAACUGUAAAUAGGCAGACCUACUUUUAUACAUAUAUACCAAGAGGGAAUUUCAAGGCUGGAAAUGCCAUGUCUAUUUUUGUUAGAGAAAAAGUCAGUGUCCUCUUGAAUGUCAAAUUAAUGUUAUUUUAAUAUGUCCCAAAUGUCCUUUAUGAAGUGUAAAUUUUACAUCUAGCUUGUGUAUGUACUUAAUAUUUUAUUGGCAAACUUACAUGGCUAAAAAAGACCACCAAGCUUCAAACAUAGUACUUGAAAUCCCUUUUUUUUUUUUUUUAACCAGUGUCCCUUAUAUUGUACUAUUCUAGAAUGUUGUUCAUUAUUAAUUGAGGAUGAAAAUAUUUGUUAAUUUCCUCAUUUGAAAAUGGCAUGGAUAAAUGGUAAAAAUGAAAAAGCAUAUAUUACCUUUCUGUGACUGCCUCAUCUUUGUAGCUAUAUUUUUACUCCAGUGAUCUGAAACGUGUGGGAACUGAACCUGUAUGAGAACCCUAUAUUUUAUAGUUGUCUAAUUGGGGUAACUAAAUACUGUAACAAUAUACAUUAGCAAAAUCGUUAACAUGAAAUAGUGUUACACCCAAAACAAUGACUAAUUAUAUUAAAUUCAGAAUUCUUACCAAGAUUACUAAUUGUUGCUAAUGUUCAGUGUUAGUAAGUAGCAAUUUCACUGACUUUCAAAAGGACAGCAGUGAUACAACUGCAAAAUAAAGGGUUAUCCAUUUUAAGUUGCAGUAUUUUAUCUUCUGCUAUAAUGUUAUGCUUGAUAUGUUUUACACCUGCAAAAAAAUUGAAAUAAUGCUAACUGUAGAUUUUAUGGCACAGAAUAUUAAACAUAUGUCUUUAUCCA